UUCAAAAAGAAGUCGAUACAUGUAUAUAAUAUUAUUUCUAUAGCCUAUACUAUACUUUAGAAAAGAUGGAGACUUCAGCAGUUUCAAGCCCAGACAAAAUUAUAGAAGAUCUUGGAGGAUGUGGUCGUCUCCAGAUAAGAAUCGGCAUUACAGUUCAUGCAACUAAAGGUCUCAUUUGCUUUAGUAUAAUGAGUAUGAUAUUGAUUUCGGCGACUCCACAAUGGUGGUGUGUUAGUGACGUCACAUCUUCUAAUAUGACGUCAUGUGUAGACAGCAAAAACAACUCAUUGUUUUGUCAUGAAAAGAAAUGUCAUGUAAAUGGUACUAAAUGCAGCCGAUUUGUAUUCGAAGGAAGUGCUAGAACUGUGGUUACCGAGUUCAAGCUUUUAUGUGGGCUAGACUAUAUACCGAGCACGGUCAUGUCAAUGCAGACAUUUGGCAUGCUUGCCGGUGCUCUUGCAGCCGGGCAACUUUCAGAUCUUUUUGGAAGGAAACCGCCUUACUUCGCUGGCCUCUUAUGUCUAUUGAUCUUCAAUUUGAUAGGUUUUUUCUCUGUAAAUUGGAUUAUGUUUGCAAUAGCUAGACUUUUCAUUGGUAUAGGCUCCGGGAUGUUUUUAGCUAUACAAUAUUGCAUAGUGUCAGAGUUCUCUCUUGCUAGAUGGCGUGCAUGGGUUACAGGUUUUCCAAGCUGGCCUAUUUUGUCAUGUUUGUUUGCAUUGUGCGCAUGGCUGAUUCAGGAUUGGCGUUAUAUUCAACUACUGUGCUGCCUCCUUGCUUUGCCUUGCCUUCUGACUUGGUUGUUUGCUCUUGGCCUGGUAUUCUAUGGUAUAAGUUUCGGUAUCCAAGCAUUAGCAGGAAAUAUCUACCUAAAUUUGUUCUUGUUCAGUGUCGUCAGCAUACCUGCAAAAAUAAUCACGGUCUAUUUGACGAAUAGAUUAGGGCGAAGGAUUGCAGCUAUGAUUUGCUUUUUGGGUGUCGCAGUUGGUGGGCUUGUGGCCGGGAUAGCUCAAGCUGUUGCAAGUAUAACCAUCAACAUGGCUUGGGGACCAAUACAGACAAUGACAAUAGAAGUUUACCCUACUGUUAUAAGAAAUAUCGGUUUCGGAUCUUUAAGUGUCAUUGCCCGCUUUGGUGCAAUUCUAGGACCACAGUUUGUUUACUUGAACAUGUAUGUGCCAGGAUUGUUGUUCUUCGUUUGUGGUGGAAUAGCGGUAUUGUGUCUUGUCUCACAACAGUUUUUACCGGAAACGCGAGAUUCAAAAUUUAAACGACAAACUACACAAACAGGAAGUGGACGUAAUGCCCCUCGAGAGAAAGAUACUGAUAUUAAAUGA